UCCCGGGUGGCUGUUCUCGGCAGCUGACCCUGGGGUAGUCGGCGGUACUUGCUAGUGGGGAUUUCUGUAUAGCACUGGGGAAAGCGGCGGUUGGUUAUAUGGGGAGAACUUCUAGUCUGUGUGUAUUUUUAGAUAGAUGCAGCUGAAGAACCCGCGGGUCGCCGGGUCCUAGUGCCCGCUAGAUACCCGGAGCCGGGGAUCGGGCAGUGGGGCCGGCGGAGGCUGAGGCCCAAGCUAGGAACCUAGCUUCCUCGAAGCCGCCCGCGGGGCGCUGAUGGCCGGACGCUCCCUGCGAAAGGCUUUAGCCACGGUGUCUCUCUCAGUAGCCUUGGCCUCCGUGACUGUCAGGUCCUCAGGCUGCCGCAAUAUUCCGGCGUACAGAAACUCACUUUUAUCCUCUUGGUUUCAUCUUAACUCCAACAUCAUGUCUGGUUCUAAUGGUGUCAAAGACAAUUCCCACAACAAGGCUCGGACAUCUCCUUAUCCAGGUUCAAAAGUUGAAAGAAGCCAGGUUCCUAAUGAGAAAGUAGGCUGGCUUGUUGAGUGGCAGGACUAUAACCCUGUGGAAUAUACUGCAGUUUCUGUUUUGGCUGGCCCCAGGUGGGCAGAUCCUCAAAUCAGUGAAAGUAACUUUUCUCCCAAGUUUAAUGAAAAGGAUGGGCAUGUUGAGAGAAAGAGUCAGAAUGGCCUGUAUGAGAUUGAAAAUGGAAGACCUCGAAAUCCUGCAGGGCGAACAGGAUUGGUUGGCCGGGGGCUUUUGGGGCGAUGGGGCCCAAACCAUGCUGCAGAUCCUAUUAUAACCAGGUGGAAAAGGGAUAGCAGUGGAAAUAAAAUCACCCACCCUGUUUCUGGGAAACACAUCUUACAGUUUGUUGCAAUAAAAAGGAAAGACUGUGGAGAAUGGGCAAUUCCAGGGGGGAUGGUAGAUCCAGGAGAGAAGAUUAGUGCUACACUGAAAAGAGAAUUUGGUGAGGAAGCUCUUAAUUCCUUACAGAAAUCUAGUGCUGAAAAGAGAGAAAUAGAGGAACAGUUGCAUAAACUCUUCAGCCAGGAACAUCUAGUGAUAUAUAAGGGAUAUGUUGAUGAUCCUCGAAACACUGACAAUGCAUGGAUGGAGACAGAAGCUGUGAACUACCAUGAUGAAACAGGUGAGAUAAUGGACAAUCUUGCCCUAGAAGCUGGAGAUGAUGCUGGAAAAGUGAAAUGGGUGGACAUCAGUGAUAAACUCAAGCUUUAUGCCAGCCACUCCCAAUUCAUCAAACUUGUGACAGAGAAACGAGACGCACACUGGAGUGAGGACUCUGAAGCUGACUGCAAUGGGUCAUAGCUUGUGGUCUCCGUGUAAGCCAGAGGCCAGCAAAGGAACAUGCACUGAAAAGAAGGCAGUGACAGAACUCAUGCUGUAAAAAGGCAGCGUAGCUCACUAGGAAGUAAUUUUAUUCAUUUUCAAAAUGUUUGUAUUUAGAAGGUUUUUGCAUCAGAAUAAUAUGAGUAAAUAUCAUAAAAUAGAAUUUCCACCUUUCUGAUCAAAAAGAUUAGAAAUAGUUUUAUUUUGUAUGCAUUCCAUAAGCAUGGCUUAAACAAAGUUUAAUACCUGAUGCUCUUGAAGAGUUGUAGUUAGAACAAAGAUAAAUUCCCCAUCAGCU